CACAUUCCCCCAACUCGACCACCCCUCAGACUGCGUGGUGACUUGAUGUUGCAGGGUGGAGCAUCUUAUCUGAAGUGAUCUGCAAGGUCUUUUGAAAAAGUCUGAUCAUGACGACUCAUUGAGAUUUUUCUGUUGCGCACAGAGCCACACACGCAGCUUGCACAAGGCUUUGGGGGGUAGUGGUCGUAACAUGUAAACGAGCGCAUCAGUUUGUUUGGGCUUUUUUUCUCCAGCGGAUGCGAGAACUCCGGGGAAAGAGGAGCCGCGGGGAGCGGAGCGGACUCGGAUUCUCCCCGGCUGGUGACCUCCUGCUCCGGGGGAAACGUUCUCUCUACGCCAGGCGUCUCCUCUCCGCAGUCACGGUGUCCACCGAUGCGUCCGGCCGCCCCUGAUGCUCGGCGGCGCUACGGAGCUUUCCGGCCGGUGGGAGAGGCUCGAUCCGCGGCCGCGCGCCGCUAGGAUGCUGCGCCAGGUGUUGCACGCGGGACUGAGGACGUCGUUCCACGCGCUGGGCCGGUUCGUGGCCGGUCACGCGGUGUUCUUCGCGUCGGCGCCCGUGCUGCUGUCCAUCCUGCUGGGAGCCAGCUUCAGCCGCUACCGCGUGGAGGGGGACGUGGAGAGCCUGCUGGCACCCAAGCACAGCCUGGCCAAGAUCGAAGGCAACCUGGUGGAGAGCCUGUUCCCCGUCAACCGCUCCAAGCACGCGCUCUACUCGGACCUGCAGACACCUGGACGCUACGGGCGCGUGAUCGUCACCGCGCGCCGGGGGAGCGUGCUGGACCCGCUUCACCUGGACACCAUUCUACAGCUCCACAGGCGGAUCUACCAGAUGCAGGUGACGGUCCCGGCUAUGACAGUGGGCUCCGGCAGCUUCAACUACUCCUUCUCCUACCUCUGUCUCCCCGAUGACAGGAACAUCUGCAUUGUCGAUGACAUUAUCCGGGCCAUGGAGGAGAUCCAGUCAGCCCGGACGUUGAACCGAAGCGUCCCCGUUCUGCGUUACCCCAUCACCCAGCUGGCGGACGGGAGGCAAGCAUACAUUGGCCACCAGUUGGGCGGGGUGCAGGGUUGGGGCCCCGGUGGUGCGGUGCGGGUUCAGGGCACUGGGGUCAAAGGAGAAGGCGUCCGCUCGGCAAAAGCCGUUCAGCUCACGUACUACCUCCAUUCGCGGAGCGGGCUAAUGGACCGGGUGGCGGGUCAGUGGGAAAAAGCCUUCUGUGCCGAGCUCAAGCUCUUUGGAUCGCUACACCCAAAGCUGGGGCUUUAUCCCUCCACGUCGUCCUCCCUAAGGACAGACUUCCAGUUCUCCUCUGUGCUGGCACGUCGCCCCCUGCUGGCAAGUUUGGGAGUGUGCGGGGUGCUGGCCAUCCUCUGCUGUUCCAUGCGAGACUGCGUGAGGUCCAAACCCUGGUUGGGAAUGUUGGCUCUGCUGUCGGUCACUCUGUCAGGCCUCACCGCUGCUGGAAUACUGAACCUGACCGGAGCGACCUACAACUCCACAUACCUGGGAAUCCCUUUCGUCAUGCUCGGCCACGGUCUUUUCGGCUCCUUUGAGAUGCUGUCAUCGUGGAGGCGAACUCGGGAGGACCAACACGUGAAGGAGCGAGUGGCGAGCGUCUUUGAGGACAUCAUGUUGCGUUUCUCUGGCUCCACCAUGAUCCACCUGAUGACUUUGGGCCUUGCUGCCUCGCCGCUCACCAACAUGGAGGCCGUCCGGCUCUUCUGCCGCACUGCUGCCCUCGCCAUCACCAUAAGUUACAUUUACAUGCUGUCUUUCUACAGUUCCUGUCUGGUGUUCACAGGCUACUUGGAGACAAGGUACCGACACGGGUGCUUCUGUCGGCGUGUACCAAAACCUGACCGGCUAGAUUCAAAGCCGGCUUGGUACCGGUGUUUGAUGUACACCCGUUACCAGGAUGAAACACAGUCGACCAACAUACCUCAUGGAGUUGGUCAUACUCAUGUGCCAAAUCCUAACCUAACUCACGUGGAAACACGAACCGAAAACAGUUCUGGUGUGUGCGGACACACGGCCAGCGCCAUACAAACGCACUCACCCCCGGACAUUCAUUUAACAACACCUACGGAUCUUCACCCUCAGGACUCCCAUUUUUUGCUGGGAUGUGUACGCCGCUGUUAUGGAGACUGGAUCACUAACACUUACGUCAAGCCCUUUGUGGUUUUACUGUAUCUGGUUUACAUCUCCUUUGGACUGAUGGGCUUUCUCCAGGUGACCCAGGGUUCUGACCCCAGUGCACUGGUCGCCAUGGACACAGCAACAGUAUUGUACACACGUGCACAGCAGCGUUAUUUCAGCUCCUACUCACCGGUUAUUGGAUUCUACAUCUAUGAAAGCGCCCCCUACUGGAACGCCUCGGUGCAGCGGGACCUGCUGGAGUACGCCAAAGGCUUCCAGAGGAUCAGCUGGCUGGAGGCUUACCUGGACUACCUGUCAGACCGCAACGAGUCCACCAGCCAGCCACGCGAGAACUUCACCCGCACACUGCGCCAGUCCUUCCUGCGUGAGCCGCAGUUCGCCCACUUCGCAGACGACAUCAUCUUCGCAGAGCGCGGCCAGGGCGAGGAGCCCGACGUGGCGGCCUCGCGCAUCUUCUUGGUCGCCAAGACGACAGAGAACAAGCGAGAGGAGAUGUCGGUGCUGCUGGACACGCUGCGCCGCCUGUCGCUCACCUCCCGGGUGCGCUUCCUGAUCUUUAACCCCUCGUUUGUGUACUUGGACCGGUACGCGACGGCGGUCAGCUCCCCGCUCAGACACUCACUGCUGGCAGUGCUCUUCCUGUUGGGUCUGUCCUCUUUGGUCGUUGUGGAGCCGCUGGUCUCCCUGUGGCUCGGACUCACCCUUCUCUCCGUUCAGUUUGGGGUUCUGGGCUUCAUGACUUUAUGGGGUGUGGAGAUGGACUGCGUGUCCGUGCUAUCGCUCAUCUCAGCCUUGGGUCACUCGGCGGACUGCAGCGGCCCCCUACUCUGUGGCUUCGCCUCGGGGCGUGGUGAAAGCAGGACUCGCUGGGUUCGGUUGGCGCUGGAGCGACACGGCGUUCCUUCCCUACAGACUCUGGUGUGCUACAGCGCCGCGCUGGUGCCCGUCUGCACCGUGCGCUCCAACCUCACGCGCACGCUUUUCCGCUGCCUCCUUCUGACAGCUGGCUGCUCAGCCCUGCACACGCUGGCCUUCCUUCCGACCCUCCUCACCUUCCUGCCCCCCUCCAAGAGCAAGGAUCCUCGGCUGGGGAGAGAUGGCCAGAGACAGGAGGUUGAGUGUGUUGAAAUGAAUGACAGCACCAGAGUAGUGGACCAGAUCACCACGGUUUGAGAAGGUGGAGGUCUGAAAGGUCAAGAUUUAACGGAAAAGAUCACAAACAUGGACAGUAUGGAGGAGAAAGGCAGGUCCUUUAUGCAAUGUAUCCUUGGUUUCCUGCUUAUAGGUAGGGCGGUGUGGCAUGUUAAUGAGUUUUCUCCCAAACAAUCACAGUAUUGAAAAAUGUGCCUGGAUGUAAAACACUUUUCACUUGCUUUAGAUUUUACCCUUUACUGCCUACAGCUAUGUUAUUUUCUUUUUUGUCAUAUCAUGUUGCACAAUUUCAGCUUCAAAGACAUGAGGUAAUCCUCUGUAUGACUUAGUAUUUCUACUUUAAUGCUGGACAAAUAAAGUCAGAAUAAGAGAACGCAGUGCUUUUUUGGCAGUGUUUAUUCUUGCUUAAAAUGUAACACACUAAAAGAACAGUCAAAAUGUUUGAUUGAAUCGUUUUGUUUGUCUAUGAAGAUAUAGCAGUUGGUUAGGAAUCUCCCAGUCAGCACUUUUUGCUUGCAAAACCAAUCUGAAUCUGAGUCGACCCUUGGCCGAGUCGCAUUCCAGUGCUUCACUAAAAUCCAGCUACAGGAUAUUCACACAGUACAAUUUCCUAGUAGACGCAGCUGUUGUGUAUAAUGACUGUAUUGUAGCCCCUUUUUCACUUUAAAAUUGGCUUUACUGUGUGUGGCAUAGAUACAACAAGGUGUCAUAAACCUUUAGAAAUGUUGGUCCAUGUUGACAUGAUAGCUUUGCCCACUUGCUGCAGAUUUUUUCAGCUAAAACUUCCAUGAUAUGUGUUUCCUGUUGCAAACGCUUAGGUGCACCAAGUAGCUCUGCUGGGUCGAGAUCUUGUGACUGUGAAGUCCAUUGGAGCACAGUGAGCAGGGAACCAGUUUGAGACGAUUUGAGCGCGUUAUACUGCCAGUAGCAAUCAGAUCGACCAACUGUGGUCAUAAAGGGAUGCACGUGGUCAGCAACAAUACUCAGGUAGUCUGUGGUGUUUAAAUGAUGCUCUAUGGGUACUAACACCGAGAGUACGAAAAAACAAAAAUUAAUUUUAUAGCUUGUAGAACAUUCAAGGUCAGUAACUUGAAGUUUUCUGUGCAUCUUUUUUAACCCCUUACAUGGUUGUGGAGGAAUGUCACCCAAGUCAUUUUUCUUAAUAUUGCCCUACUGCUUGUAUGACCUAGUUAGGUCAAGAUUCAUCAUCAGUAUAUUGGAUUUUCAUUUGACUAUAAUGCCUUGGUUUAUGUGUUAAUUUUGUCUUCAACUCAAUAGAUGCAGGUGCAAUAUAGUUGCUGCAACACAAGCCAAAAUUAUUACUACUCCACCACUGGUUUCACAGUUGGUUUGAAGUGUUUGUGCUGAUACAUUAAGCAAAAUUAUGUUAAAAACAUCUCUACUACUGUAUCAUAUUCAAAGUCUGGAUGUCUUGGGGAUCAUUCAGAUGCAACUUUGCUAGCCUAGAUUUGCAUUGUCCUUUACUGACACCCGUGGAGAUCGAAGUCCUAUUCUUUUGUGCUUUUAAAGAUUUAUAUUUCAGUUUGAAAUGAUUAUACAACCAAAAAAAAAAAAAACAGAUGAAUUUUAAAAAGAAGAGAUGUGUGAACAUGUUUGAAUGUAUUGUGAAUUUUAUGCAAAACCACAAGAUUCAGUGGUUUGGGCCCAUCAUUUUUACCAUAUGUAUGUCAACUAAAAUAUUAUUAGACAGCAUGAGUUUGCAUUUUAUUGUUAUGCUGGUAAUAUGGUUAGCUAUAAAGUAUUUUCCCCUCCCUAUUUUUUGUGUGACUGCCUUUCAUAUUUUGACUGCUUUUCAGUAAUUUUGUAUUUGACCAGGGUCAGCGUCACUACUGAUUUUGCAUGAGGCAAUACCUGGACCCUAUGGAGGCAGUCCAACUCUACCAGGAUGGCACAUCAAUGCAUGCCAUUUCCAGAAGGUUUGCUGUGUCUCCCAGCACAGUUUCAAGAGCAUAGAGGAGAUUUCAGGAGACAGGCAGUUUGUCUAGGAGAGCUGGACAGGGCUGUCAGAGGUCCUUAACCCAUCUGCCGGAUUGGUAUCUACCUCGUUGUGCAAAGAGGAACAGGAUGUGGACUGCCAGAACCCUACAAAGUGAGCCCCAGCGGGCCACUGGUGUGACUCUAUCUGACCAAACCCUUAGAAACAGACUUUAAGAGGCCCGACACCCACUAGUAGGCCCUGUGCUCACUGCCCAGCACAGGGGAGCUCAAAUGGCAUUUGGCAGAAAACACUGAAAUUUGCAGGUUUGCCACUGGUGCCCUGUUUAUUUCCCAGAUGAGAGCAGGUUCACUCUGAGCCCAUGUGACAGACAUUAAAGCGUCUGGAGAAGCUGUUAUGCUGCCUGUAACAAUUUUCAGCAUGAUCAGUGUUGUGUUGGGGGCAGUGUUGGUUUGGGAAGGGAUGAUGCACAGACCUGUACAAGAUAAAUGAUGGCACCCUGAAUGCCAUUAGGAUAAAACCCUUAGACCUAUUAUUAGACCCUCUGCUGAUGCAGUGGGAUCUGGGAGGAGAGACCUCAGGACACCAUCUGUCAUCUCCUAAGGAACAUGCCCUGACAUUGUCAGGAAUGCAUACAAGCACAUGAGGGCCGUACAAACUACUUAGUAUCAUUUUGAGUUGUUGCAAUGACAUUUCAGCAGAUUUGACUAGCCUGCUGCAUCAGUUUUUCAGUACCAGUUUCACUUUCUCAGUGAUGUAGCAACCUUUUGUUCCCAACACAUUACCCAUUCCAUAUCAGUGUCUAUAGCCAGAAGGAUCUUUUGUUCAACUGAGAUCUGCCACUCAACAACACCAUUUUUACGGCCAUCAAAAAACCCUCUGAAAGAAAUCAGGCAGAAUAGUCCAAAUUUAUUUAAACCGCCUGAUUACCUGCAUCAGAGCUGAAAUUUAAUAAUAACGAACUGCCAAGUUUGUGUGGCUCCCAUUUUCUAAACAAUGUGUCUGUGUGGAUAAAAGCUCAGAUUUCUUUCAAUGUCUGUGCAUCUCUGCUGGUGAAAGCAAAACUUGUGCUUUCAAACAAUUCCUCUUCGUAGCUGAUGUUCAAGGUGUGUGCGUGGGAGUUCAUGUUAAUCCAUGUGGCUGUUUGACACAUUUUUUUCCCUUUUGUGCUCAUUUUCUCUUAGUUUUUUUUCCUCUGUCACUUUCUUGAAUUAAACUGUUAUUCGGCGCCUUAACCAUCAAAAAGAAAAACCCACAAACUUCCUACCCAUGAGCACUGCCAGUUAACUCUUUGAUAAGCAUGUCCCUAUGCUAGAUGGAUAAAUUGUUUUAUUAUUUGUCAAACAAAUAAAAAUGACAAAUCUGGA